UGAUUUUGCCAGCUAUUUUGUUUGCUAUUAUUCUUGGUUAUUCCAGGAAAACCAGUGAGCUUCCGUGGAACUGGACUGGCCCGUAGUUGGAAUGUUACCUGUGUUAUUAACCAACUUCCACCGGCUUCAUGACAUAACCGUUGAAAUUCUUGAAAGCAGCGGCGGCACGUUUAUAGUGAAAGGCGCUUGGUUUACCAAUCUAGAUUUAAUGAUCACCAGGGAUCCUGGCAAUGUGCAUCACAUAACCAGCACCAACUUUGGGAUAUAUCCCAAAGGGAUGGGCUGGAAAAAUCGAUUGGAUAUUUUUGGAAAUACGCUUUUCAAUUCGGAUUUUGAUGAUGCUAAUUCCUUCCCUGUGAGUUUCCACGAAACUCUAUUAUCAAAUGCCAUAUCGAAUGCUUGUAAAGCCAUAUUAGAUCGGCAUAUCCUUCCGGACAGUUUUUGGAAGUUGCAGAAAUGGCUGGGGAUUGGAAAAGAGGGGAAAUUGGGUGAUGUUUGGACAACAGUUGAUAACGUGUUGGCUGAACAAGUGUCGCUAAAGCGAAAGGAGAUGAGCAAUAGAAUGGAAGAUGAGGAUGUAGAUUUCAAUGCCUUGGGACUUCACUUGAUCGGACACGAACUCCUUAGAACUGUAUCAGCUUCUAAUAAUGUAAUUAGAGACAACAUGUCAGGUCUCAUGUUCUCUUCUCAAGAUACUACAAGCACGGUUCUCAGUUGGUCCUUCUGGCUUCUUUUGAAGCAUCCAGUUGUUGAAAAGAGAAUCCAAGAAAUACAACAAUAUUUUCCACAAAAUGUAGAAAUGAAAUGGCUGGCAUUUGGUGCUAAAGAGUUGAAUAAAUUGGUUUAUCUCCCCGCGGCGUUAUGCGAAACUUUAAGACUGCUCCCACCAGUUCCUUUCGAGAUAAGGACUCAUGUUAAAAAUGACACCCUUCCUAAUGGCCGUAGGAUCAAUCAGGGAAAAAAUAUCCUGAUCUGCACACAUGCUAUGGGAAGGAUGACAUCGGUGUGGGGAGAUGAUUGCCAUGAACUCCAGCCAGAGAGAUGGAUCACCCACGGCGGAGGGAUUAAACAUGAGUGGCCACACAAGUUCUUUGCGUUCAACGCAGGGCCCAGGAUUUGUUUAGGAAAGGAGAUUGCUUUUACUCUAAUGAAGAUGAUUGCAUCAGGUUUUAUCCACAAUUACCAUAUCCAAGUUGUAGAAAACAAUCCGUUGAACCCUUAAAACAGCAUCACUUUGCAUAUGAAACAAGGUUUAAUGGUUACAAUUAAGGAAAGAUGGCCUUGA